AAGCACUUCUCUCUCAAAUCUCUCUCUAAAUUUAUUGUGUUUAUUGAUCUAUUUUUUUCCAGGUUUUUUGACAAAUAGAUAAAUAAAUAACACCAGAUUAUUUGUUUUCCAAUUGGUUUUGACUCGUCGACUCAUGACUCGGCGAUGCUCGCAUUGCAGCAACAACGGCCACAACUAUCGCACGUGUCCCACGCGCGGUGGUGGCGGAAACGGCGGGAUUAGGGGCGGAGGAGUGAAGCUAUUCGGUGUCCGUCUGACGGAUGGCUCGAUAAUAAAAAAGAGUGCGAGUAUGGGAAAUUUGUCGUCGGCGCACUACCAUAGCUCGUCAUCAGCCGCCGCUUCGCCUAAUCAUGACUCUCCUUUAUCCGAUCACGUUCGUGACCCGAACAACGAGCCCGACGGCUACCUCUCUGAUGACCCCGCCGUGCACGUCUCAAACAAUUGUCGUGGAGAAAGAAAGAAAGGUACCCCAUGGACCGAAGAGGAACAUCGGCUCUUUCUAGUUGGCCUCCAGAAAUUAGGGAAAGGGGACUGGCGGGGAAUAGCUCGGAAUUUUGUGGUGUCAAGGACACCUACUCAGGUAGCAAGUCACGCCCAGAAGUAUUUCAUCCGUCAGAGUAAUUUUAGCCGAAGAAAGAGACGUUCAAGCCUUUUCGACAUGGUUCCGGAUGACAUGGCUACGGAUACACCCACAGUGCCGGAAGAGCACGUUUUGUUGCCUUCUUCACGGGUAGAAGAAGUUGACGAUGCAAAUUCGAUACCUUCAUUAAACCUCUCUCUCAACUCAGAAUUCGAGCACGGAGAAGAAACUAUGGUGAGAUCAAGUGGAUUGACACCUAUGGUCCAUGGUUUCUUUCCACCUUACGUACCUAUUCCCUACCCCUUUUGGCCGCCGAAUCCAGCCCCUCCAAAUGAAGAUAAGGGCAUAGGAGCAACUCAACAUCAGGUACUGAAGCCGAUCCCAUUGCUUCCCAAAGAACCCGUCAACGUAGACGAACUAGUCGGUAUGUCUCGGCUUAGCAUCGGAGGGGCCGAGAGUGGCCACAGAGAGCCUUCACCACUAUCCUUGAAACUACUACUUGGCGAACCAUCGCGACAAUCAGCAUUUCAUGCAAAUGCACCACCUGGUGGCAAGGAUUUGAGCAAUGGUAAGACCAGUGCCAUUCAAGCAGUCUUACUCUAAACUCGGAAAUGCAGAGAAGGAAGACGGUACAGCUACAUCUUGUUUAGGUUAAUCUUUUCAACAUUUACGAUAUUUACUUUAGUUGUACUAUUUGUUACGGUAUGAAAUUUGAAGGUCCUUACAAUAUAGGGUAAGAGCAGUUUAUAUUUCCGCUCUGCUAAACUUUUAACUUUUCAGAGUAUACAGCUUGUGACAACUUUAAUUUCA